GCAGAGAGAAUGCCACGUACUGGUUGACGUUAACAGUCCGGAUGACACUUCCUGAUGCUGGUCCCUGGGCUUAGCUAGGUCCGCUAACACAUCGGAAUUGCACGGUUCUGGGAAACCUGUGGAAGACAGCGUGGUUGAGUCUUCUGGUUCAGGCAGUGGGAAGACGGUAGCGAUCAGGCGGCACCAUGAACGGCCAGCUGGACCUGAGUGGCAAGCUGAUCAUCAAGGCCCAGCUGGGCGACGACAUUAGACGCAUUCCUAUCCACAAUGAAGACAUCACGUACGACGAGCUGGUGCUGAUGAUGCAGCGCGUCUUCAGGGGCAAGUUUCAGAGUAACGACGAGGUCACCAUCAAAUACAAAGACGAAGAUGACGACCUCAUUACCAUUUUCGACAGCUCUGACCUCUCCUUUGCAAUCCAGUGCAGUAGAAUCCUCAAGCUGACAUUAUUUGUGAACGGUCAGCCACGACCUUUGGAGUCCAGUCAAGUGAAGUACCUGCGCAGGGAGCUCAUUGAGCUCAGGAAUAAAGUCAACAACCUUCUUGACAGCCUGGAGCCGCCCUCAGAGCCCGGACUGACCUCCACAGCGCCUGUGAAUGAAUCAGCGGAUAGACGUGAAGGCAAAGUUGUGACGGCAGACUCGACGGUGAAACAAGCUCCUCCGGUCAGCGCAGCCAGCAUGUCGGCCUUUGACCCGCUGAAAAACCAGGACGAGGUCAACAAGAACGUCAUCUCUGCUUUUGGCCUGAGCGAGGACCAGGCUGCAGUCGCUCCCCCUGCUGUCGCCGCAGAGGAGCGCUCAGGGACUCCUGACAGCAUUGCUUCCUCCUCUUCUGCAGCGCCUCAGCCAGGAGUGGCCCCGCAGCCCCAGGCUGCCUACGCCGGGGUACAGCAGGGACCCCCCGCCGUAGCUGAUGGUCAGAUGUAUCAGCAGUACCAGGCUCCAGGUGGAUACCCCCCUCAGCAGCCAGGGGCGCCACCGCAGCAGUACGGGAUGCAGUACCAAGCUGGAUACAGUUCUCAGCCUGGAGCCCCCCAGCCUGGCCCUCCACAGGCUCAGCAGCAGCAGCCCCAGCAGCAGCAGCAGCAGUUUCAGAAUUACCCUCCACCCUCCUCCCAGGCUCCAGGCACUGGUCCUGCCCCAACUCCUGGCUUCCAGACUGGGCAGCAGCAGCAGCAGCAGCAGCAGCAGCAGCCCCAGCAGCAGCCUCAUCCAUCUCAGGGAGCUCAACAGUAUCCACCAGGAGCCUUCCCUCCCCAAAACUACACCUCCCAGGGCACCCAGCCUGCCAACUACAGCAUGCCCCCUAACUCACAACCCGGCUCAGGGUUCCAGCCCCGCCCGGGAUUCACCCCGCCGCCAGGCACUGCCGUCACUCCUCCACCCGGCGCCGGUAAUCCCUACGCCCGCAAUCGGCCCCAUUACGGCCAGGGCUACGCUCAGCCGGGUCCAGGGUACCGGUAAAAGGAGGGCAGCAGGCGGUCAUGAUCCCCCUCCCCACCCCGCAUUAUGUGGCUCCAACUGUUUAAGGUGUCUGCAGGAAAAGGGGUUUGCUGCUCUGCGUUCCACCGGCACAAAUAUCAAGUCCAAAUAUGUAAAAAAAAAAAAAAAGAAAUUAAAAAAAAGAAAACACAGGCAACCCCUCCUUCCCUGUCUGAUGACUAGUUUGUACACACCCCUCUGUUCUGGCCCUGACGUAUGCUCUGCACCCUAUUUUCCCCCCCCCCCCCCCCCCCUUCUCCUGCCGCCUCCUCCCGCCGUUCUGCCCUCUCGUGUCUGUCAUCGUAACAAAAGUUCCCAGUCUGUCAGUAUGCACACACCUAGGAGAGCAAAACCUGCCGUCGCACAAACUCUUCGUGGUCCUCUUCUUUAUAAGGUGUCGUUCUGCCGGUGGGAUCAGAAUUUGUGAUCAAAUUCUUUAAGAGCUGUGAGUUUACCAUGUAGGACACUAUCACAAUGAAACUUAGCCCCAUUCUGUUGUUUUUUUUUUGUUGUUGUUGUUCCCCCCCCCACCCUCUGUUUGACUAACUGCACCAACAUGUUGGUAUGAAUAAUGUGUCUGCCCCAUGUUGGGAACACUAGCUAAAGGUUUAGGUAAUAAAGAAGGCUUCUGCUGUUCAGUUUCUUACUGUUUAUCGCCUCCAUCACAGCUUGUAUUCCUUUCUGUCUUCUCACGGGUUUUUACUAAUAUAUCAAGUCAAAUUCCUCUCAAAGUGACAUUAGUUGUUUAUGUAAAAAUGUUAACUUUUUCUUUUCUUUUUUUUUUCUUCCUCCUCUCUCUUGAAUCUAAUAAAGAAUUGAGACCCA